UUUGAUUUAUGAAAAGACAAACAGUUCCUCAACGCACUGUGUGCGCAUGUUCAGAAGCGCUAACACAUCCCGACAAGGUGCAUCGUCAGUCUGGCCGGUUCGUAGCUUUAUAGCUAUUUUAUCAAAUGGCCAAAAGCCUGCAAUCUUGUUUUUUCAAUCAAGUAAUUGACAGAGUGCAGCAACAGGUGGAGGAAAGUCAGUUCUAUUUUACUCUGGCACCCAGAGAAAACUCUGUUAAAGAAUUGCGUUUCCUGUUGCUGUUCAGUCGCCAGGGAAAACUCCGACUGCAGAAAUGGUUCGUGCCGACAUCAGACCGGGAGAGGAAGAAGGUGAUCCGUGACAUGAUAAUGUUGGUGCUGCCCCGUCAGCCUCGGACCUGCAACUUCCUCCGAUGGAAGGACCUAAAGAUUGUUUACAAAAGAUAUGCCAGCCUGUAUUUCUGUGCUGGUCUGGAGGAGCAGGAUAAUGAACUUCUUGCUUUGGAGGUGCUGCACCGAUAUGUUGAGCUGCUGGAUAAAUACUUUGGUAAUGUGUGUGAGUUGGACAUCAUCUUCAACUUUGAGAAGGCCUACUUCAUCCUGGAUGAAUUCCUGAUGGGAGGAGAGGUUUUAGAAACCUCCAAAUUUGCAGUGAAUGUGUCUAUGGAGCAGGCUGACACGCUACAAGAGACAAUGGAGGAAUAUAUGAGCAAACCUGCCUACUGAGUCAUGAGAGGAUGAGGACGUUGGUGAAAAUGUGUUAGUAGUGUGACCCUGAAGGCUCCUUUUUAUUCAUCUCAGGGUUCUUAGAAGGAUUUACUGUUCAGGUGUGUGUGCUGUGUGUCGGUGAGUAAAUGGAGAAACACAACACAGUAAGGAAAAAAUAAAGUCAAUGCUUUAUUAACCUCAGGAAUGUCACAUAUGACCACAAUUAAGAAAGAAUUACAAAAAACACACAGAAAUCUAAGGAAUUGAACACUGGCUGUGACUGUCUCUGUAUGUGUGUGUGUGUGUGUGGAACACUUAAGGCUGGUGAAACAUUUACUGUAUGCAUCGCCGAGCAACAAAUUUGUAUUCAGCAAAACGUCAAAUGAAAAUCUGAACACUGAUUUUUACCAAUAAAUAAGAACUUUUUUAAAACCCA